GUAUCGCUCGCCGGUUUGCUGACUCAUGUGACGGCCUACUAUCGUGCAGCAUACGAUGUGACCGGCGCUGUGGUUGCGGACGCUGGCAACUUGACGGCGGGCGGCAAGGUCGGUACAUACACGGUUUUGCUGCAGGUCCUGAACCCGGGACUGGGCGAUCUUAAGCUCUUGUUGGAGUGCUGCGGAGACGCCCGGGACUACGCCAGUGAGAUCGCCAGCAAGGUGAACCUGAACGCCAUCCAGGGCAGCGACCAGGAGGAAACCAUCCGAAAGAACUACGUAGGCGAUGGCAAGUGCUCCGCUCCAGGGCCUAUCGCAUCCUUGGCGAAGAAGGGAGACAAGAAGUGCAACUACGUCUACAGCUUUGCGAAUAAGGCCUGGAAGCAGUAUCAGUACACCGCCCAGUGCAUCCCCAGCGACGUUUGCGCGGUGGACGUCGUGGGCGCUACCAAGGGACUCAAAGUGGCCUACCCGGUGGUGAUCCAAAUUCUGAACCGCAACGCCGGCGACCUCUUCUACGCCGGCCAUGGACCCAUCGGCUCCUGCCUGGAGGGAAUGAAUCAAGUGAACUUGGCAAACGUGGAAGCCAAAAGAGAGGAAACUUCCAUCAAAGUCUUCGGGAAGACGAUCCCCACCGGCUUCAAAGAGGUCAUGCACAUCGAGGGCAUGAAGCAACUCCAUGUGACAGAUGCUCGGUACCGACACCUGAUUUACCGGGCCAAGGCUUGA